CCUAUGGCUGAAAAUGACCCACUGGCUCUUCUGUUAUGAUGGUACACAUUUGUCACAGUGUGAGGCCAGGACAUGUUCCUGCCAUGAUCUCAAUGGAAGGAUAUGGCUUAUAAAAAUAGAACUAAAUUUAUACUUGCAGUGUAACAUUGUAAGAAAUCUGGGGAGAAAGCAAUGACAUUUGUGAUUAAAAGGAAUCACAAGAGAGAGAUGAUAGCCGCUGUUAUUUCUUUACCUAUUACUACCCGACUUUGAGGCCCCAAAAUUAUUGUAUUUGCCUGUCUUCUGUUACUUUUGCAGCUACUGAUAGCAAUUAUACUGCAUUUCAAGUAGAAAUGCUAUUCGAUUUCAGAAUUCAGCUUAGGAUUCCUUCCAAAACAGCCCCGGCUGGCCAAAGAGAACACUGGAAUGAAUUAUUCUCCUGAGACUAGCACAGUUCUCCACCAGCAGCCCGGAGCUGCCGAGAGAGGAGGUCGCCCCUCGGCCCCCGAUGUGCCUCUGUGCUGGUGUUCUGCCCACGGCGCUCUGGCACAGGUUUGCCUGCUCCUGGAGAGGUUCUACCCAUUUCUCCUGAAAAAUGUUGGCUUCCACUUUUCUGGGGCUUGGGGUUUUUUUCUUUUCUUUUUUUCCCCCAUGAAUGAUCUGAAAAUAGUGAAACAGGAUCGAGAAAAUGCACAAAAGGAAGGUGUGAACACAGCAACUUGCAGUUUUCAGACUGACUGUACACGUUUGUUAAUUUUCAGAAACUGUGUCUUUGGGUAAGUAAGUAACCUUUUCCUUUAGUCUGCAGAAAGAACUGAUUCCUUUUUCCAUCACUGCGCAGGGCCCAUCAGCAUUAACCACUUGAAGUUUCCCUCAAAGCAGUGUCACCAGCAGCACCUCGGAGUCGGGAUAAACCGUGAAGAAAUGGAUCGUACGCAUGUGUCACGGCGAAACGCUUCCCCGAAGACUUCUGGGAAUUCACACGAGACGCUCGAAGCCGUUGCCCAGGGCCAGCCGGGAGAGGGGCGGGAAGGAGGCGCGGGGGCGGCGGGCCCGGCCGCCCUCAGGCGCGGCCUCCCUCAGGCGCGGCCGCCGCCGUCUCCCGGCAACGGCGGAACCGCGGCGCGGGCGGCGCUGCGCGAUCGCCCCCGGGCGGGCUGCGGGGCAGGGCAGGGAGCGGCGGCGGCGCUGAGGGCAGCUGGGCCCGGGCGGUGUCCUCACAAAUCCCUGGGUACGGCCGCGGGGUCGCGGCGGUACCGGGCGGGCGGUGCGUUAGCGGCCGGAGCCCUCGGGCCGUGCCCCGGCUCCCGGUGGGUCUGGCUCCUCGGCGCUUGUCAGUGGGCUGAGGGCCACUGUCUGUAGAUCUCCAAAAAUGGGUAAAAAAGUAAAGAAGGAAGAGUCUCCACCCAAGGAUGUGUUUGAUCCUUUAUUGAUUGAAAGCAAAACACCAGCAACUGUUGUGCUAAUGCUUAGUUCUCCUGAAAAUGAAGUUCUGGCCAAAGCAUGUGAUGCUCUAUAUAAAUAUGCAUCAAAAGGUGAUGAAAACAAAGUGACACUUCUUGGUCUUGGAGCAUUGGAACACCUGUAUAAACUCCUCUCACACGAAGAUCCACUUGUACGCAGAAAUGCCGUCAUGGUAUUUGGCAUCAUGGCUUCUAAUAAUGAUGUCAAGAAGUUACUGAGGGAACUGGAUGUCACAAAUGCACUUAUAUCACAGCUAGCGCCAGAAGAAGAUGUAGUUAUCCAUGAGUUUGCUACUCUUUGUCUAGCACAUAUGGCUGUUGAAUAUACUACUAAAGUAAAAAUAUUCAAGCAAGGUGGGUUAGAACCACUCAUCAGACUGCUAGAUAGCCUUGAUCCUGAUGUUCAGAAGAACUCACUUGAGUGUAUCUAUCUUUUGGUACAGGAUUUUCAAAACCGUGCUGCGGUUCGUGAACUGAAUGUAAUUCCACCCUUGCUGGGACUUCUGGAAUCUGAAUAUCCGGUCAUUCAGCUGUUGGCCCUUCAAACCUUGGGAGUAAUUAGCAAAGACAGAGAAACCAGGAUAUUGCUGGGAGAAAAUAAGGGAUUAGAUUGUCUUCUGAAUAUACUGGAAAACAAUGAGCUCAGUGAUCUACAUAUUGAAACUCUUGCUGUGUUGGGAAAUUGCCUCGAAGAUGUGCAUAUUCUGCAACAGAUUCAGCUGACAGGAGGCCUUGAAAAACUACUUUCAUUUUUAGAAGUCUCUACUGUUCCUGAUAUUCAGAAGAAUGCAGCAAAGGCAAUUACCAAGGCAGCUUAUGACUCUGAAAUACGAAAAAUCUUACAUUGCAAAGAAGUUGAGAAAUUUCUCCUAAGCCUUUUGGAUACUAACAAUGAUGGAGUUAAAGUUGCUGCUUGCCAAGCCAUUUCUGCCAUGUGUGAGAAUAUAGACAGUAAACGUGUCCUUGGACUCCAGGGGAUUCCCCAGCUAUUACAGUUGCUAAGCAGUGAUAAUGAAGAGGUAAAAGAAGCUGUAGUGACAGCAUUAACUAAUUUGACAACAGCCAAUCCUAGAAAUACAAGUGUUGUUGCUCAGGCUGAAGGAAUUGAGCCAUUAAUGAGCACCUUGAAUGCCCAGAGAGAUGGAGCCAUUUCCAAUGCCAUUGCAGUUCUAACAAAUCUGUCCCUGCAAGAGCCAUGCCACAUCCGAAUCCAGAGCCGUGGCAUCAUGAGUGCCCUUGUGGGGCCACUGCGCUCAACCAACAGCCAAGUGCAGAGCAGAGCAGCGCUUGCUGUGGCUGCCUUCGGCUGUGAUGCACAUGCACGGACUGAGUUAAGAAAUGUAGGCGGGCUGGGACCACUCGUUGAAUUGCUGCAUUCUAAGAAUGAAGAAGUCAGAAGAAAUGCCUGUUGGGCUGUUAUGGUCUGUGGAAGUGAUGAACCAACUGCUGUUGAACUGUGCAGGCUAGGUGCUUUGGACAUCCUAGAAGAAAUUAAUCUGUCAACAAGGCGUAGAAAUAAGUUUAGUGAAGCUGCUCUGGAAAAGCUACUUGAUAACAAUCUUCCCCAAAAGUACAGCCGGAUGGGAUAUUUAUCAUCAAGUAAUAUCAUUACUAAUGGAUUCUAUGAUUGUGGUCAGGUAAAACAUGGAGGGAAAUUUUUGUCUUUGGAAGAACUAAGUAAACAAGAGCUUACUGACCGUCGGGAAAUAAUCUUUAUUAAUGCUAAACCCCAAGAAAAUGUUGUAGUAGAAAAGGUACAAGAUGCAUCACCACCUGUUUCAAGAAAAAGCAGCAGAGAAAAACUAAGGAAAGGGAAGGGGAAAAAAGAGGAGGAAAAACCAAAAGAAGUUAUUCAAAUUACACCUGGAGUCCAGGAGGAAAUAAAUCUAGAAAAUUCCCAUUGGCUACCACCACCUGACUUCAUUUUAAUGGAUUACAUUAAUGAUGCUUCCAAAACAAUUCUACCACUAACUACUACCCGGGAACAGGUUGUGGCUCUUGCACAGUUUGUUGCAGACAAGAUGGGUGGUGCUGUUGAAGAAGAGCAACUACAUAACUUCUGCUGGGAACUUGACAUGAGUGCAAUAGAGUUUGAACUGAAAAGCAACAUUGUGCCUAUUGGAAAAAUCAAAAGAGGGACAUUCUAUCACAGAGCUUUACUCUUCAAGGUGAUAGCAGACAGAAUUGGCAUUGGCUGUAGUUUAGUUCGUGGCAAGUAUUACAGAGCUUGGAAUGAAGUUAAAUUGGUUGAAUAUUCUCCCAAAGGGCUUCUGCUUCCUCCUCAAGGGUAUAUUUCCUCUAGCCAUCAGAAUAAAAAAGAAAUCUGGAAACAAAAUGCAGGAUGUGCUGGCAGAAGUGAGAGAAGGGUGAGGACGUGUUUCUUAUCAUUGCUAUGUAGCAGGUAGGAGACUGAUGGGAAGUCAUAUGCUCUCACUGACAGGUAUGAUUUGGUAUAGAAACCCACAUAGAAACUUUGAAAGUCCAGUAAAUUGACGUAAAAUAAGAAUUAAUUUCCUGCUAGCUAUCAUUUUGUAUAGUUUUCUUAUCUUGGAAUUUCAUUAUUUUGUAUUGGAACCAUAACAUUAAAGUAUGAAUUACUGUGUUG